AUGAUGAAGUUUACGAAAGUCGACCUAUCGUUAGUGUCUCAAGGUCGAUCUACGAAUUCAUCGCUUUACGCGCCAAGUCUUAUGAAUACGACGUGGAAGAGGAGAUUACCAUUCACGCAAAGGGUGAUCAAAAAUCACCUGACUUUCGCAGAUCAUAAGCGGUGCUUAUUCGCCGACGUGGACGACGAUGAGGAAUCCGACAAGCGUGAUGACGAAUUCGACGGUAGUAUGGGAAAAAUAUUCGCUGCCGACUCAGCGCUGAAGGCCGUCACCCAAAUACAUCGAAACGCCGCAAUAUCUGCUACGCAUUCGACUCAGGCGUCAACGGUCACGUGGCCGUUCCACGUUUACAGCUACAUGCAUUUCACCCCGUAUAGAGAAAAUGUCUCUAUACGGUCGUUUAAGCACGAAUUGCGUACAAACUAG